AUGGCGACCUCUCUCCGCGUCGGCGUCCUUCUCGUCCCGCCAAUGCAACUCCUCGACGCCGCGCCCAUUGACGUCUUCGGCAUGCUGACCCCCGAAUAUCUCGAAGCAUGCGGCCUCCCCGCGCCGCUCACCAAACUCGCCAUCCCAGUCUCGAUCCACUACAUCGCCGCCUCCGGACCGGGCACCUAUGCGUCCAUGACCUCGUCGGCGUCUCUGCCCGUGACGGAUUUCUUAUCUUCGGAGGCCGUCCAACCAGGUCAUCUCGACGCGCUUCUCAUCCCGGGACCAGACCCGAACGUCGUGCCGGAUGACGAGGUCCUGGCGUUUCUCCGUGCCCACAGGGACGCCAACAAGACGGAUUUUCUCGUCAUAUGCACGGGGAGUUUCCUGGCAGGGUAUGCCGGCAUCUUGGACGGGAAAAGGGUGACGGGUCCGCGGGAAAUCUUGGGGCGAUUGAAGAAUAAGUUCCCCGCGGCCAAGUUCGUGGAGCGGAGAUGGGAGAGGGACGACAGAGUCUGGACGUCAGGUGGCAUCACGAACGGCCUCGACCUGGCGGCCGCGUAUUUGCACGCAAAGGUGCAGAAGGAACUCGCCGACUUAGUGUGUGCGAUGGCUGAGAUAGGCGAUCGCGGACAGGACUACGACAGUGGAAGGGUAAGCAAUGGGCUGUGGUGGAUCUGGUUGAUUCAACGGGCGUUUUUCAGAGGGAAGACGAAAGGCCCGAAAAGCGAGUGA